AUGGGUGAUAAUUUGAUGGAUGGUACGGCAAUGGAUCUUGAUUUGAACCAAGAACCUGUGGACCUAACUGCUGAUUCAUUGUUAGGAUUAGGGUCUUUAACGGGUGAAUUAGAAACUGCCCAUGGUAGGAUUGAAGAGAGAAUUCGACAGCUCGAGGCUGUUACCGCUAGAACUAGGCAACGCCAUAGAUUGCGACAAGCUCGAUAUGGUAAUGGAACAAGUGAUGUUUCUAUUGAACCGGUUGUUAAUGUGGGUGCAUCAGAAAGGAUGGGUCAGAGGUGCAUAGGCUGCAAAAGGGAUAGUAGCCAUUUGGUAGCAAAGGCUUUGGAGAUGGAUUCCAAGGUGAAAAUGGGUGAUGGGGAUGGUGGGAGCUUUUUCGAUUGUAAUAUAUGCUUGGAUAUGGCUAGAGAACCUAUAGUGACUUGUUGUGGACAUUUGUUCUGUUGGGCAUGCUUUUAUCAGUUGUCAUAUGUUGAUUCAACCACUAAGGAAUGCCCCGUUUGCAAGGGAGAGGUAACGGACAUGAAUAUUACUCCAAUAUAUGGUAAUGGAGACAGUUCCCAUGUGUCAGAGUUGGAGUGUGGCUUGAAGGUACCGCCUAGGCCACAAGCACAUAGAGUAGAGAGUGUUAGGCAACAGCGCGUGAUACGGGGCAUGUCUCAUACUCAUGUGGCAGAAGCACUUAGGCGAAUCAGGUCUGGUAUUGGUGUUAUGAGGGAGCACCCACAGGAACGGGUUCUUGACAGUGGAAACAUCAUUCUUGAAAGCAAUUACCAGGUGUUGCAGAAUAGAGAGGUGGGAGGCAGCCAGCUCCUCCAUUCCCGUCGAUUUUCAAGAGUAUUAUCAGAAAGUGCUGCUUCACUUUCUUCCUUUUCAUCCGCAUUAAAUAAUGCUGAAAGGUUAGUUGAGGAUCUUGAAACGUAUAUUCAAGACCAACUUUUGAGAAGGAGCCCUGCACAGUUUCGACUGGCUGAUGGUGGGGAUCAUUCUAAUAGCAAUGCCACUGUUUUGCAAGCAGAACAACAGAAUGUGGAUUCUACUGAUGUGAUCAAUUCUACAAUGCCCCUCCCUUCAUCCUCUGGAAUAGCUGAUGUUUCUGCCACUGCUGUACAAUUCGAAAGCCUGACAACGGAUACUCCUAUUGAAAGCAAUCUUAUUGGGCCCCAUCCUCUUUCAUCUCUUCCUAGGCUAAGAAUAAACAUUUCAGACGUAGAAAACAGGGUGUCCCGGCAAUCUAGAAGGAGAAGGCUGAGAUGA